UGCAGUCAUGGUGAGUCUGCAGAGAAGAGCAAACAACGGGGCAGACCAAGGUUUCAGCAUAGGCUAUGGCUUAUUUGGACGAGCUGGAUCCACUUGUCCCAACAUUCGACUGGUGAUACUGUGUCUGGGACUUCUGAAUGCUGUUCUGCUGAUAGUUGCUGUUGUGAUUGGGAUAAACUGUGCCAAAGUUAAAGGGAGCUCCUCUGAGGUGAUCCACUCAGCUGCAACACAGCUCAUCAGCGAGCUGAAGGAUCUCAGGAGCAACCACAGCGACAUGCUGGAGGCCACAGAGGAGGCCAAGGAGGAGUUAAGGAGUGCCAUCAAAAACUACACACGUGUAAAGGCGACAACUGAGCAGCUUGCGGCCAUCAAUAAGGGUUAUCAGAGACAGAUAGAGACCCUACGAUUGGAGAAGAAAAGUCUGCAGUCUAAUAUAUCACUUUUAGAGGGAACCUGUGGUAGAUGUCUCCCAAACUGGGCUCUUCACAACUCCUCCUGCUAUUAUUUUUCUUGCCUCAAAUCCCCUUCUGUCAAAAAGACCUGGCAUGAGAGCAGAGAGGACUGUAUUAGUCGAGGAGCCGACCUGGUUGUGAUUGACAACCAGAAGGAGCAGGAAUUUGUGACUGAAGGCAUCAAAAGUUUUUUCAGCCCCAGGGGCGGCUGGACGAGGGGAUCGUGGAUCGGCAUCACUGACAUAGAGAAAGAGGGGACAUGGGUCUGGCUUAAUAAUGUCACUGAGGUGGAAAAACGGUACUGGAUGGAUGGAGAACCAAACAACCACGGAGUUCAGGGAGAGAAUUGUGUUUGUAUUAUUUACAGUUCCAAGAAUCCCUGGAAAACCUGGUUUGAUGCAAAAUGCGAUGAACAUGAGGUACACUGGAUAUGUGAAAUGCCAUCAAAGUAGUCUCUCUACACAUUAAGAUGUGUGCUAUGUCUCUGGGCAUUUUGUUUUCAUCUCUAUACUCUUAUACUGUUUAGAUCUUUAUAUUUUCCUUGCGUUAACAUUGCAUGUUUACUUAUAACUUGACUGAUUCCAAUCAUGUUCUGCUCAAGAUUAUAUUCUACCAGAAUAAAACUAUGUCAGAAGAGCAAAAUAUUGGGAAACAACAUACUAACAAUAGCAGGGCAACAUAUAUAUAUAUAUAUUGACAACAUUAAAGAAGGGCUGCAUGUGUAAUA